UUUAGGUGUAAGUUAAAAUCACCGAGUAGUUAGUUAUAUUUCUAGGAAAUUUGCUAUGAGGGUAGUUACUUGCAGAAAAGGAAGGUCCCAGCGUAUUGUAUUUAUAUCGACAUGCGCUAUUCUUUUACUUGUGUUUUAUUUCGCGCUACGUGACAAUGACGUCAACGAAUUCACUGACGUCAAAGCUAAACACAUCGAAAAAAAGCGGGAAAAUGUAGUAGAGGACGAUUAUGCGUCCUUAUUCAAACCCGCAUUAUCGAGACCUGCAGACAUUGAUCCCCGCGGACCCGGCGAGGGGGGUUCGGCGGUCAGACUUCUAAAUUUGAGCCCAGAAGUAUCGAAACAGCAAGAAGACAGCAUUCAAACUUACGCGGUCAAUCAAUUCGUAAGUGAACGCAUUUCAUUGCACCGAAGACUUCAAGACCCGAGACAUGAGAUGUGUAAAUCAAGAAGGCCGUUCGAUUAUCGAAGCUUACCCACUACAAGUGUAGUGAUAGCGUUUUAUAACGAAGGAUGGUCAACGUUAAUACGUACAGUGUUUAGUGUGUUACAUAAUUCACCAGAUGCGUUGCUCACUGAAAUUAUUCUCGUGGACGACUACAGUGACAAAGUUUAUCUAAAGGACAAAUUGGCGGAUUUUCUCAAAGCCUUGGCUCGUGUACGUUUAGUACGAACAACGAAGAGAGAAGGUUUGGUCCGAGCACGAUUACUCGGAGCUUCACUUGCGAAAGGUGAAGUUCUUACUUUCCUGGAUUGCCACUGUGAGUGCGUGGAAGGAUGGUUGGAACCGCUAUUGGAGAGAAUCAUGGAAGAUGAAUCGGUGAUUGUGGUGCCAGUGAUUGACACGAUAGAUUGGAACACAUUCGAAUACUACUACGGUGGCCACGAACCUCAAAUCGGUGGCUUCGACUGGAGAUUGACGUUUCAAUGGCAUACCAUACCAGACCAUGAGAGGAAACGAAGGAAGAGUCCCGUGGACCCCAUACGUUCGCCCACGAUGGCUGGGGGUCUUUUCGCAGUGAGUAAGAGGUACUUCACUCGCAUAGGAACCUACGACGCGGGGAUGGAAAUUUGGGGAGGAGAGAAUUUGGAACUUUCGUUCAGGACAUGGAUGUGUGGUGGAAAACUUGAAACAAUACCUUGCUCUCAUGUCGGUCAUGUGUUUCCAAAGCAAUCUCCUUACCCGAGACCUAAGUUCCUUACUAAUACAUUGAGAGCUGCUGAGGUUUGGAUGGACGAUUAUAAAAGGCAUUUUUACAUAAGGAACCCUCCAGCCUCAAAAGAAAAUUACGGUGACAUUUCUGCCCGUAAAGACCUUCGCAACAGUCUUCAAUGUCACGACUUUAAAUGGUAUUUGGAUAACGUGUACCCGGAUCUACAUGUGCCAGAGGAUAGGCCUGGUUACUAUGGCGCCUUCCGAAACAGUGGGAUGUCAUCUUUUUGCUUAGAUUAUGCUCCUCCCCAACAUAACCCAACAGGGGGCCGGGUUUCCAUCUUUGGUUGCCAUGGACAAGGGGGUAAUCAGUUCUUUGAGUACACGUCAAAGCGUGAAGUUCGUUUUAACUCUGAGAAAGAGAUGUGUAUGAGCGCCGUGGAAGAUGAUACAAUCACCAUGCUUGACUGUGUGCCUGAUCAAAGGGACUCUCCGGCUUCCCAAGAGUGGGUACAUUCUCACGACGGGACGAUUCAAAGCGUCAUGAACGACAAAUGCUUGCAUGCUUCAAUGAGUAAAGACGGAAAACCAGAACUCCUUCUUAAAACUUGCGACCCAGGUAGCAGGUUUCAACAGUGGUAUUGGGUAUGAUAACAAUCCCAUAUUUGGAUGCCAUGCAGUUAUUGUGCAGUGCCAUGCGAGAUAGGUGGACGUAGUAUGAUAAUUCAGGGCUUACGGCCAAAGGCAUUGUAUUGUAGCAUUGCCUUCAAAUAAUUUAGAAACACGUUGCAAUACAUAUAUAGCUUAGAAUGUUACAAAAUACGAAGUGUCGUCAUUACCCAUACAAUUUCAGAUGUAGGCCAAUUUUAAGAUGAAUGAGUAACUUUUGUUGUGUAACCGUAUAUAUAUAGUAGGAUGGGGUGAGUUGAGACACCUUUUAUAACUCUAUUUUAUUGUCCAAUGUGGUAGUAAACAAGGAACUUUCAAAGAAUUAUAAAACUAUAUGCUCAAGACUCCCGUAGACCGUUGUUAACUGUUUAAAAACACGAUCAGGAUAUUCGGAUAUUAUGCGCCAAAGGUGUGCCAUCUUCCCCCAUCCUACUAUACUUUUGUGCUGUAUUUGCCAGUGGAAAUACAGUAGAGUGGGGGGAGAUAAGAUACGUUUUCCCUCUAUUCUCUCGUCCCACUUGGUAGUAAACAAAGAACUUUUAAAGUAUUAUAAAACCGUAUCCCCACGACUUCUCUAGACCGAUGUUAAUUGUUUAAAACAGGAUUCGGGUAUUUUGUUCUAAAGAUGUCCUAUCUUACCCCACCGUACUAUAUAUCAACUUCGUGGUAUUAUGUUUCAACUCUUAAUAAGUGAACGAAAAAAACGUUGUAUUUACUUCCACAUGGCGAACAUUAACAAUACUUAUUUAUUUGCACUUUUGCUGAGUUUACCUGUCGUUAUUUGGGCUUGUCCGCCGUGGCAUCACACCCUGCAGUAUAUUCCAUAGUAAAUAAACCGCUUUGCAAAAGUAUUUUCUCGUAUUCCAAAUACAAUAUACCCUGAAAAUAGA